CGAAACUGACAUUUUGGCCAGAAAGAAGUGAAAAUUUGGACAAGCAAAUAUUUUGAAAAAUUAUUUUUGUCAAUGCUGGUGUAGAUUUUAGCUCUCUUUCUUUGAUACAUCUUAGUUUUUUGGAUCACAAAAUCACAAGGAGUUUGUUUACUAACUGUGUCAUCUUGGCGUUCGGCCGCGUAGAAUGAGUUCAAUCUGCAUGCUUGAAUGAUUGACCGAUUGCAUACGCGUCGCUUAGGAGCUGCAAGUAACCGUAGCGACACUAGCUCCAUAUCGGCUACUACCACCGGUGUUGGCGGUGGUGUCGGUGCUGGUACGAGUGGCGGCGGCACAAUUACCACUCCACCAGCUAGCACCAGCUCCUCCAGCGGGCACAGUCUACAACAGCAGCAGCAACAGCAUUCCCAUCCACAUCAACAACAGCAACAAUUUCGCUCAUCAUUGCAUCACCAUCACCAUACGUCGGCUCAUAGCCAUUUCACCUUCAAUACCGGCGGCAGUUAUAGUCAAGGCCAUAGUUCGGGCAGCUUAUCGCGCAUAUCACGCAAGGCUGGCGCAUCACUUUCGGCAUCAGCACAAAGUGGACAUGGAUUUGAUGGAACCAGCAGCGUUAAUAGUCCUUCAGUUGUGAAUUCGGGCAGCGGCAGCGCCAGUAGUGGUCCGGCACUGCUACCCACAAUGGGUCCAAUGUUGGGCACAUCAACAAGUGGUGGUACCGGCAUAGCCGGCGGUCAAUUGGGUGUGCAUAGUCAAAAUGUGUCUUCAAAUACGGCUGGCAAUAGUAGUGCUGGCGGCGGUGGUCUUGGCGCUAGUGGUAGCGGCAGCGGUGCGGGCAUUGGUGCUGGUGUCAUGGGCGGUAUUGGUGGCGUUGGCGGCGGUGCGAUUGGCGGUGGUGUUGGUAUGGGCAUCUGUGGCGGCAUCAGUAGUACGAUGGGCCCAAGUAGCGCAGCCAUAACUGGCGUCCCCCCUAUUGGGCUGGGCCUAGCAACGGGCAUUGGUAAUAAGAUGCUCGGCCGCAAGCAAAGCCUCAAGGGGGGCGAACCGUUUUUGGCCGAUUAUGGUCCCGAGGAGUCGCUUAACGAAAGUGCCGAUAUUGAAUGGGUGAAUAAGCUGUGGGUAAGGCGACUAAUGCGUUUAUGCGCCUUAGUAUCCUUGGCCUCAGUCUCAUUGAAUACGCCGAAAACUUUCGAGCGGCAUCCCCCAUUACAGUAUAUAACAUUCGCAUCGGACACCGCGGUCACGCUGCUAUUCACCGCCGAAAUGAUUGCCAAAAUGCAUAUCCGCGGUGUAUUGCAUGGUGAAGUACCAUAUCUAAAGGAUCAUUGGUGUCAAUUCGAUGCGUCAAUGGUAUUUUUCCUCUGGAUAUCGAUUAUAUUACAAAUAUUCGAAGUUUUAGAAAUUGUGCCCAAAUAUUCUUACAUCUCAAUUGUACGUGCGCCACGCCCCCUAAUUAUGAUACGCUUCCUACGAGUCUUCCUAAAAUUCUCGAUGCCAAAGAGCCGCAUUAAUCAAAUAUUUAAACGGUCGAGCCAACAGAUCUACAACGUGACAUUGUUCUUCCUAUUUUUUAUGUCACUUUAUGGUUUACUGGGUGUACAAUUCUUUGGGGAGUUGAAAAACCAUUGCGUCAUGAAUAACUCCGAGACCGACUACUUGGGAAGACCCAUAUUAACUAUAAAUUCGCUUGCCAUACCCGAUACGUUCUGUUCGAUGGAUCCGGACUCUGGAUAUCAGUGCUCACCCGGAAUGAUUUGCAUGAAAAUGGAUUUUCUCAGCAGCUAUGUGAUUGGCUUCAACGGUUUCGAGGACUUUGCUACUAGCAUUUUCACUGUUUACCAAGCGGCUUCACAAGAAGGUUGGGUCUUCAUAAUGUAUCGCGCAAUCGAUUCUCUGCCCGCUUGGCGUGCUGCCUUCUACUUCAGCACAAUGAUAUUUUUCCUUGCUUGGCUGGUGAAGAAUGUUUUCAUUGCUGUCAUUACGGAAACGUUCAACGAGAUUCGUGUGCAGUUCCAACAGAUGUGGGGCGCUCGCGGUCACAUACAAAAGACCGCUGCAUCGCAGAUACUCAGCGGCAAUGAUUCUGGUUGGCGUUUGGUGACCAUAGAUGAUAAUAAACAUGGCGGUUUGGCGCCUGAAACCUGUCACGCCAUCUUACGUUCACCAUACUUUCGCAUGCUGGUGAUGACCGUGAUCUUGGCUAAUGGCAUAGUCAUGGCCACAAUGACGUUUAAGCAUGAUGGUCGCCCGCGUAAUGUUUUCUAUGAGAAAUAUUAUUGCAUCGAAAUGGCUUUCACAUUCUUUUUGGACUUGGAAACGCUCUUCAAGAUUUAUUGUUUGGGUUGGCGUGGCUACUAUAAGCAUUCCAUACAUAAAUUCGAAUUGCUCUUGGCCGUCGGAACGACCAUACACAUUGUGCCAAUAUUUUAUUUGUCGGGUUUCACUUACUUUCAGGUCCUGCGUGUUGUACGCUUAAUUAAAGCUUCGCCCAUGCUUGAGGGUUUCGUUUAUAAGAUUUUCGGUCCGGGCAAGAAACUCGGCUCACUGAUCAUAUUCACCAUGUGUUUGCUUAUCAUUAGCUCCAGCAUAUCUAUGCAACUUUUUUGCUUUCUUUGUGAUUUUACGAAAUUUGAAUCAUUUCCGGAAGCUUUUAUGUCUAUGUUCCAGAUUCUCACGCAAGAGGCUUGGGUCGAAGUUAUGGACGAAACUAUGAUACGCACGAGUAAAACACUUACACCGUUAGUUGCGGUCUAUUUCAUACUCUACCACUUGUUCGUCACAUUGAUCGUGCUCAGUUUGUUCGUGGCGGUCAUUUUGGAUAAUUUGGAAUUGGAUGAAGAUAUCAAAAAAUUAAAGCAACUAAAAUUUCGUGAACAGAGCGCUGAGAUCAAAGAAACGUUGCCAUUUCGUCUGCGUAUUUUCGAGAAGUUUCCCGACUCACCACAAAUGACCAUACUGCAUCGGAUACCGAAUGACUUUACAUUACCCAAAGUACGUGAAUCAUUCAUGAAACAUUUCGUAAUUGAGUUGGAAACCGAUGAUCCCUCCAUCGUGGAGAAUUGUAAGCGUCCCAUGUCGGAGUGUUGGGAAUCGAAUGUGGUAUUUCGCAAGCAGAAGCCUGUGCGCAUCAUGAACAAGACGCCCAAGGUGCGUUCGGCCGGCAGCAGUUUGCGCAAAUUGGCCAUCACGCAUAUUAUCAAUCGACUUUCCAGUGAUUCGAAUAAUCAGCGUUUAAUGCUUGGAGACUCCGCUAUGCUGCCUGUCGUAGGCGGCAAAGGGGGUUUAAAGUCUCAAGGCACCAUAACACAUUCGAAACCAUGGCGUGUAGAUCAAAAGAAAUUUGGUUCACGUUCCAUACGUCGUAGCGUACGUUCCGGUUCGAUUAAAUUGAAACAAACUUAUGAACAUCUCAUGGAGAAUGGUGAUAUUGCGGCGGCGCCACGUGCCAAUUCGGGACGGGCACGUCCGCAUGAUCUCGACAUAAAACUGCUGCAAGCGAAGCGACAACAAGCCGAAAUGAGGCGAAAUCAACGCGAAGAGGACUUGCGUGAGAAUCAUCCGUUCUUCGAUACGCCACUUUUUCUGGUGCCGCGUGAGAGUCGCUUUCGUAAGAUCUGUCAGAAGAUCGUGCACGGACGUUACGAUGCGCGCCUUAAGGAUCCACUUACGGGCAAGGAACGAAAAGUGCAGUAUAAAAGCAUGCACAAUUUUCUCGGUUUGGUCACCUACUUGGAUUGGGUUAUGAUCUUCGUUACGACACUUUCUUGCAUAUCAAUGAUGUUUGAAACGCCAAGCUAUCGCGUUAUGGAUCAUCCUACUCUACAAAUAGCCGAAUAUGGUUUUGUAGUAUUUAUGAGUCUGGAGUUGGCAUUGAAAAUACUUGCCGACGGUCUCUUCUUCACACCGAAAGCCUAUAUUAAGGAUGUAGCUGCAGUGCUGGAUGUCUUCAUUUAUGUUGUAUCCACAUCCUUUCUCUGUUGGAUGCCCCAACAGAUACCGACUAGUUCUGGCGCACAACUAUUGAUGAUUUUGCGCUGUGUACGGCCAUUGCGUAUUUUCACGCUGGUGCCACACAUGCGCAAAGUCGUUUAUGAGUUGUGUCGCGGCUUCAAAGAGAUCUUACUCGUAUCCACAUUGCUUAUACUACUCAUGUUUAUAUUCGCCAGCUAUGGUGUACAGUUAUAUGGUGGUCGCUUGGCGCGUUGUAAUGAUCCGACCAUUUUGCGUCGUGAAGAUUGUGUGGGCGUAUUUAUGCGUCGUGUCUUCGUUACAAAAAUGAAAUUGACACCCGGUAAUAAUGAGUCAUAUCCGUCGAUGUUGGUGCCACGUGUCUGGGCUAAUCCACGCCGAUUCAAUUUCGACAAUAUCGGUGAUGCGAUGCUGACGCUGUUCGAAGUGCUUUCCUUUAAGGGUUGGCUGGAUGUGCGCGAUGUGCUGAUCAAGGCUGUUGGACCGAUCCAUGCGGUUUACAUACACAUCUAUAUUUUCUUAGGCUGUAUGAUCGGAUUAACCUUGUUUGUGGGUGUAGUGAUCGCUAAUUACUCGGAGAAUAAAGGUACUGCUCUGUUGACGGUCGAUCAACGUCGUUGGUGUGAUCUGAAGAAGCGCUUGAAGAUUGCUCAGCCUCUGCACUUGCCGCCACGUCCCGACGGCAGAAAGUUUCGCGCUUUCACUUAUGACAUAACCCAGAAUAUAAUCUUUAAACGUAUUAUAGCCGUGGUGGUGCUGAUCAACAGCAUGUUGUUGUCCAUAACGUGGAUCAAAGGUGAAGUCCACACGGAACGUUUGGUGGUCGUCAGCGCGGUUUUAAACUUUGUUUUCGUCAUUGAGGUGGUUAUGAAAAAUAUAGCAUUUACACCGCGCGGCUACUGGCAGUCGCGACGUAAUCGUUACGAUUUACUCGUCACUGUGGCCGGUGUUGUUUGGAUAUUCUUGCAGACAAUAUUAAGGAAUGAUCUCUCAUACUUUUUUGGUUUUAUGGUGGUGAUUUUACGUUUCUUCACCAUAACCGGUAAACACACUACACUCAAAAUGCUUAUGCUGACUGUGGGCGUGUCGGUUUGUAAAUCCUUCUUCAUCAUAUUUGGCAUGUUUUUGUUGGUAUUCUUUUAUGCCUUGGCCGGCACCAUACUCUUCGGUACUGUUAAGUAUGGUGAAGGUAUUGGUAGACGCGCGAAUUUCGGUUCGCCUGUAACAGGAGUAGCAAUGCUGUUUCGUAUUGUGACCGGAGAAGAUUGGAAUAAGAUUAUGCAUGAUUGCAUGGUUCAGCCGCCAUAUUGUACGCCGGGAAAUAAUUACUGGGAAACCGAUUGCGGUAACUUCACAGCUAGCUUGGUGUACUUCUGCACUUUCUACGUCAUCAUUACAUAUAUUGUAUUGAAUUUGCUAGUGGCUAUUAUCAUGGAGAACUUUUCAUUAUUCUACUCCAACGAGGAAGAUGCUUUGCUGUCUUAUGCCGACAUACGCAAUUUCCAGAAUACAUGGAACAUAGUGGACAUACAUCAACGGGGCGUUAUACCAGUGCGACGGGUGAAGUUCAUAUUACGUCUACUAAAAGGACGACUAGAGUGCGAUCCACAAAAGGAUCGUUUGCUCUUCAAGUACAUGUGCUAUGAAUUGGAUAAGUUGCAUAAUGGUGAAGAUGUGACAUUCCACGACGUGAUUAACAUGUUAUCCUAUCGGUCGGUGGAUAUACGUAAAGCAUUACAAUUGGAGGAAUUGCUGGCGCGUGAGGAAUUCGAAUAUUUGGUAGAGGAAGAAGUCGCCAAGAUGACCAUACGCACUUGGUUGGAGGGUUGCCUGAAGAAGAUACGUGCCCAAAAUGCAAGUAAACAACAAAACUCCUUAAUUGCUGGUUUGCGUGCCACCAAUGAGCAAUUAAUGUUACUUAAAACACCCGAGGAUAAAACUCCCACUAGUGGCGGUGAGAAACCACCGGGCAGCGCAACUGCGGCGGGUCCACCGACUAGUGAUGCCUUCUCGCCAACCUUCAGUUCAACGGAGAAUGAAGAGAAAGAUGCCAGUGGUAGUGCGGCUGUCUCCACCACUGGCGAGAUGCAUGGCGUUCAACGUGUAAUAAGUGGUACCAAACGCGCGCAAGCACUAAUUCGUUCGGAUUCAACAGGCAGCUCGACAGGUCGCAAGUAUUUAGCACCUACCACAUCCGAUCCACAACAGCGCAGCACACUGACGGACAAAGAGCGUCUACAUAUUAGUAGUCAACAAAAGAAGAAAAAUUCAAUGACGACAGUGCCUAUCUUGCCACCAGUCGCUGCUGCUAGCGGUUCUGCAAUAAAACGCGACUUGAAUCGGACGUCGGGAUUUUUCGCAUCCGGUAACAGUGAUGGCAGUCAAUUUCAUUAUCCCCCAAAUGUGAUGAAUCAUUAUGGUGAACAGCAUGGACCACUGGGUAGUCCAUCAGCGAUUAUGGGUCACAUUAUUGCGGGUAGUAAAUUAUUGCCGUUUAACAAUCAAGCGAAUGCAGUUUACGAGGUGCACGAUUGGUGGCAGGAACAGGUGAUUUGCACACAACACAGUGACGAUGAAGGUUGAGUUGAGUGUGCUGUUUUUUCGUUUUGUAUUGACUUAUAGUCAAAUAGGAGAGUAUAAAAUAUUUUAGUGGAUAUGAAUGUAGAAUAAGUGCGACGGUAGUAAGUACGAGAAUAAUUAUUUAUUAUACAAAAAUGUAAAACAAUAUUUUAUGUAUUUUUUUAGCACAUUGCCAAAUUUAUAAA